AUGUCUUACUUCAUUGGCAUGGAAGUGUCUCAAACUCAACAAGGAAUCUUCCUAAGUCAAAAGGCAUUUGCAUUGAAGAUUCUGAACAAAUUCUCCAUGCUGAACUGUAAGGCAACAAGCACACCUGUUGCUAUUGGAGAGAAGCUGUCAAGCCAAGGUGUUUUCGAGAAGAUUUGUGAAAUAACCUACAGAAGUUUGCUCGAAUGUUUGCUCUAUUUGACAACUAAUAGACCAGACAUUAUGUUUGCUGUAAGUCUGCUAUCAAGAUUCAUGUAUUGUUAUAAUGUGAAGCAUUUACAAGCUGUCAAAACAGUUCUCAGAUACAUCAAGGGUACACUGAGCUUUAGAAUGAUGUUCAGCAAAAUUGAUAGCAUAAAGCUACUUGGUUAUGCUGAUAGUGACUGGGCUGGAUUGAUAGAUGAUAUGAAGAGCACCUUAGGGUAUUUGUUUACCCUUGGUUCAGCCAUUUUUUGUUGGAGUUCAAAGAAACAAAGUGUUGUUGCUCAAUCAACUACUGAAACUGAGUAUGUAGCAGCUGCAAGUGCUGUUAAUUAA